ACAGCAAAACAGAAACACAUAUUCAUAUAUAGCUAUCUUCCUCUUUUGCCUAUAAACAAUAAUCAGUGUAAAAAUGCCAACCACCAUGGAAGAUGUCACUGCCAAGAUUGAUGCAGUUGAAAUCGACCCCAAGAGUGGUGUUGCUCUGAAGGAGAAGGCGAUCGAAGGUGAACUAAAGACUACAGAAACAACACAAGAGAAGACUAAUGAAGCUAAAAGUGAUCCGGAGAAAGAAUCCAAUGGUGCAACUUUCAAAGAAGAGGAAGUUCCAGUUGAGGUUGAACCUAAAACUGGAGUCUCUUUUCCUGUCAAACUUGAAGAUGGAAAGCAGUUGAAAGCUGUAGGUUUAAGGAAGAAGAGCAUGCUUGGCAUGGGCAUCAAAAUCUAUGGCUUUGGAAUAUAUGCAGACAAUGAGAAAUUGAAAGACCUUAUGCAGUCCAAGAUUGAGAAAGCACCAGCAAAACCAACAAAGGAGAUGUAUCAAAUGGUGAUUGAUAGUGAUUUGGGAAUGAUGAUGCGGUUGGUAAUUGUUUUCUCUAACCUAACCAUGAACAUGGUAAGAAAGAACUUUGACGAAGGCCUCGGAGCUGCCAUCAAGAAGCUUACAGGUGGAAAGAAUGAGGAGCUCACAAAGAAGAUCAUGGGAGAAGCAUCUGAUGACAUAAAGCUGAAUUCUGGUUCUGUAAUUGAGAUUUCAAGGCUUCCAGGAUAUGUUCUUCAGACCAAAGUAAAGGGUGAGAUUGUGAGCAAGGUGGAAAGUGAACUACUCUGCAGGGCCUUCAUCUACAUGUAUUUAGGUGAUGAUCCAUUUGACAAAGAAGCCAAGGAGAAGUUUGGGACAUCCAUGCUCUCUCUGUUCUAAGUAGUAGGUUUCCAGCAUUUACUAGUCUAGGUUGUUAAAGAAUAAGCUGGUGACUUUGAACUGAUGAAUAAAAGCAUGGUUGAUUUU